UGUCCCGUGCAGGGGCGGUUCUUUGGAGUGAAAGAUUUUUCAGUCUUAACCUGGUUACACUUGACCUUAGGUUUACCUGUAAGAAUGAUUCAUCCAUGUUCGUACAUGGAAACUAGUCAACACGCUAGGCUCCAUAACUUUAACGCUUUAUUGUUUACAGUAGGGGAAUUCUUAGCAUACACAUUAGAGGAUGAAGGAGAACUUUCUUUUUCAUUCGUUCAUAAAUCCGAGUAGCAGUUUUCCCCAAAGCAUCAGAACUCAAGCCAUACUUUCUAGGUUUCACUAACAACCACUGAAGAAUCCUAAAUGGACUGAAGCCAUUUCUCCAUACCCACUGCCAUGAAAAAAUCCCAAAGCUUCCUUGUCAAUAUCAUGAAACCCCUUUUCUCGAGCUCGAGUAGAGGUUCAAAUCAAGACGACUUGGAGAGAAUUGCAGAACAGGAGCAGAAGCAGUUCCUUUUCGAAACCCUAGUUUCUGCGACCAAUAAUUUUCAUCUCAGUAACAAGCUCGGGGAAGGUGGUUUUGGUCCAGUUUUUAAGGGAAGAUUGAGGGAUGGGAGAGAAGUAGCUGUGAAGAAGCUGUCACAGAGUUCAAGACAAGGAAAUAGAGAGUUUCAGAUGGAGGCCAAGUUAUUGGCUCGCGUUCAGCACAGAAAUGUGGUGAAUUUGCUUGGAUACUGUGUUCAUGGAGCAGAGAAAUUGCUUGUUUACGAGUUUAUGUCUAAUGAGAGCCUUGACAAAAUUCUCUUCAAGUCUGGUAAAAGGGGCAUGCUUGACUGGAAAAGAAGGCAUGACAUAAUUACUGGCAUAGCCAAAGGCUUACUAUACCUUCAUGAAGACUCACAUAAUUGCAUAAUCCACCGUGACAUUAAAGGUAGCAACAUCUUACUUGAUGAUAAAUGGAUGCCAAAAAUUGCAGAUUUUGGAAUGGCCAGACUCUUCCCCGAAGAUCAAACACAUGUUAACACCCGUGUAGCCGGAACCAAUGGGUACAUGGCGCCAGAAUAUCUCAUGCAUGGACACUUAUCUGUGAAGGCAGAUGUAUUUAGCUUUGGUGUUGUGGUUUUGGAGCUGAUCAGUGGUCAGAAGAUUUCAACCUUCAACCAAGAUCCGGGCUCCCAGAACCUACUUGAGUGGGUAUACAAGCUCUACAAGAAGGGGAGAUGCUUGGACACAAUGGACCCAGUGUUGUUGCAGUCUGCCAUCAAGGAAGAAGUGACAAUGUGCAUACAGAUCGGCUUGCUAUGCACCCAAGCUGAUCCACAGGUACGGCCCACCAUGCGACGUGUGGUGAUCAUGCUGUCUAAAAAGCCAUGCAGUCUUGAUGAAGAACCGACAAGACCAGGAUACUCAGGGUCUAGGUACAACAGAAGACCCCACCGGCCUGCCAUAACAUCCUCAAGCGCAUCAUAUUCUGGUACAUUUGGGUCGACCAUGGAGAGCGUCAGUCCUAGUGCAAGCACAACUACUCGUACAGGCCCCACCAAAUUAGAGCGUGGAAAAAAACCUAUACGAGGGUAGUCUUCACUUAAGUAGAGUGUAGUUAUAGCCUCAUAUCGCUUCAUUCUUUCAUGUAUAUGGUGUUUUUAUCGUUAUUUAGAGCAUGAGAAGCCUUUUUUAAUACUAGAGCUGAAUGCCUGUAAUGUGUCGAACUGGUCCUUAGUUAUUUGGAUCACAGUUAGACAAAAACUCGUUAGAGUACCAAACUAUAGGUUAAUGAUGUUCGGUUGGUAGCUUGGAGCUACCUCGUAAUUAGAAAACAAGUAGUAACACAUGAACGGAGUUUACGUGCAAGGUAUUGACUGUCAUUGCGUUGACUCGCUGAGUAUCAGCACAACAGAAUUCAAAGAAUCAGGAACCUGUGAUGUUUU